CCCUCCCCCGCCCCCGCCCCCGCUAAUCAGGAAUUGCGCCUACGACGCGACAGCCAGCGAGCAGCGAGAAAUUCGCCUUCAUGACGUUACUGGCGAUUUAAACGUUUAUUUUGAGGAGGCGACUUCAUUGCCACACUAGGGAUUAUUGUUGCAUGGUCCAGGAUUCUGAUACAAAAUGCUGACAAUCAGCUUCUACGGGAGUCAGCCACCGCUCAAGAUGCCGGCUGACUCAGACCAGACCGUGGAAGAUCUUAUCAUUGCUGCAGCACGGGUCUUGGAGAUAGGGCCAGUGUGCCGUCACCUCUUUGGCCUGCGGUGUCCUGAUGGCCUGUGGCUGGCCAUCUCUAAGAAGUUGUCGUCACUACCAGACAACAUAAACUUGCUGUUCCGAUUGCGUUUCAAGGCCCACUCCUUACAGAGAUUGAAGAGUCUGGAUCCUAGUGCUUUUGAAUAUCUAUUUAAUCAGGUUCGAGCAGACUUCCACGCCAGUGAAAUACCUGAAUUGAUAAAACACCCUGAAGAUGGCCUGGGCUUGGUUGUGACAGACAUUUUGCUGUAUCUGCUGAAUAACCCAACUAAAAAAGUGGAAAAUGUGGAUAUCAAAAGUUUCAUGCCAAAAGAGUUGAAUGGGUUUGCCAAUAGACUCAAUGUAAAGAAAAAUGUGGUCCAUUAUUUUGACACCUGGAGAGAUAAAGACGCUUCUUUUGUGCAUGAACGAUACCUUUCUAAGGUUGAAGAAAAACGAUGCAGUUAUGGCACUGAAGAAUAUGUGCUCCUGAUGGAUGAGGCUGGGAAAGACUACAACAUCAGACUAGUCAUAGAUCCUUUCCAUUCUGAAUACCCUGGUCUGCGCUAUACAUAUGCUUCUCAGAGGAAAGGGGCAUGGAUACAACUUUGCCGCUUGGAUGAACUUGUGUUUGUGUCGACGAGGUUUCAGGACCUUACUGUUGAACUGUCCAGAGAAACAGGUGUCCCCUGUUAUUUCAAACUGCAGACGUUAGAGCAGCUUGAGUCUUUUGUAGGCUGCUUGAAUGGAUACUACCGUCUCAUACGCAAUUGGAAUUUUGAUUUGUGCCAAGAAUUGUCAACACCUUCUCUUCUUUAUCUUCGUAGCAAUAAAUGCCAUGGACCAGUAGGAAAGCUAUUUUCAGCCAAGAAGCUGAAGGAGAAGGGAGGAGGAGAAGUUGGUAUUGGUUUGUUGAGGGAGUCCACAACAAAACACGAGAUGUACAAAUUAGAUAUCAUUGUAGAAGCAAAUAAACCUCCUAUAACUGUUACCAUAGACAGAGAGGGUGGGAAGGUUCAUCUUGAAGGUAAAAAAGAAGAAUUACAUGACAGCCUUAAAAACCUUCUGCGAGAUUUGAUCUUAAAAGACCAACUAGGAGUCAAGCUUUCGAGGAUAUUACCACCAUCCGACUAUGAUUACGCCGAGCUGCUCCUUGUGUGUGCCAGUAAGGACAAGCAAGUUCAGAACAACAGCCAGUCCGGGCCUAGGAUCAUAAGUAUGGACCACCUAACUUCAACAAGACAAAACAUCAAACGAGGUCAGUUCUCAGCCUUGAUUAGAGCGAGAUGGAACGGGCUGGAAGACUCGGAUGUGGCAGUGAAGAUUCCCAAACUCCAGAAUGAGUCUGAGAAGGAAUCAUUCUUAGCUGUGAUUGACAAGUUUGCCUUCGUCAGCUGCGAGUGCAUCGUGCACAUUUUUGGGGUAACGCUGAACCCCCUGUCACUGGUCAUGGAGUUCUUCCCAUUAGGAGACCUCAGUUCGUAUCUUCAGCAGAAUAAAAGCAUAGAAGAGGUUGAGCUUGUGGAAGCAGCAACACACUUGGCACGAGCACUUUGGUAUCUGAACCAAGAGGGUGUUCAGCAUAACAACAUUCGCUGUCACAACAUCUUGGUGGCAGAGCACACAGAUCAAACUUUUAAGGUCAAACUUGGUGAUCCGGGAAUGGUCAGAUGCACUGAGAAAGAUAUUCACUGGAUCCCAAGAGAACAUCACUCACAUCCGGCAAUGGCAGUUAGUGAUGUCACGACUGACAUAUGGGCUUUUAGCACAACCCUGUGGCAAAUAUUUUCCAAAGGGAAAGAGCCAUUACCAGGUGCUGACUUGGAAGAGGUCCGUAAGCUUUAUGAAAUGGGACAUAUGUUGCCACGGCCUGAUCUCUGUCCUCUUGACUUGUACAAGGUCAUGGAGAGAUGUUGGUCUCGAGAUCCCCAAGCAAGACGGCAGCCACAAGCUAUCAUGCGAGAUGUGAACCAAAUUCUAUACCAAGUUUUCAAUUCAAGGAAGAAGCACUCCUACCAGACAAUCUAUCGUGCAAGUUCGUCAACAACAGAGAUUGAAGUAGAGGAAGACACCAGCAAUGAUAUGGAUGAUUAUAAUAGUUCCAUCACGACGCAGGUCACGACGCUGACUCUCUCCGACGGCACCACUUCAGAGUUUGUCGUGAACAAGGUAUCGGACACUUUUGUUGAUGACCUCAUCUCCAUAGGAUCUGAUUUUUAUCCUUUGCCGAUGGCCUACAACAAUGUCUACACUGAAUCAGAUUCUCCUGAGGCGGCAUCUCCUAGCCUUACUGAAACCCUGACAAGGUGCGGGAGAGAACUAUAGAAAUUAGACCACAAGAAUGUGGUGAAGUUGUGUGGCCUAUGUGAAGGAGAUGGAGAAGAGCUAUACAUGAUUAUGGAGUAUUUGAAGGAAGGGUCUCUGAAAGCUUACAUUCUCCGAUGCACUGAUCAUAUCACAGAUAGACACCUUCUCAAGUUUGCUUUGGAUAUUGCAGAGGGGAUGGACUAUCUUGAACAAAAGAGAAUCAUUCACCGUGAUCUUGCAGCUCGCAAUGUCCUUGUUGCUGAUGAAAACACUGUCAAGAUUACUGACUUUGGUCUAGCUCAACAGCCAAAUAAGGGAAAUUACUAUAUUCGCCAAACUGUGAGAGCUUUACCAUUAGGAUGGUAUGCUCUUGAAUGCAUUGAGAAUGAGCAGUAUUCGCACAAGAGUGAUGUCUGGUCUUUUGGCGUGACCUGCUGGGAGAUGUUUACUCGUGGUGCUGAGCCUGACCUUCCAGAAGAGUCUGAUGUACUCAUAAAGGCCCUGAAACUUGGCAGACGACUGAACUGCAAGGGCCCAUGCAGGACGAACAUCUACUCCAAAUUAAUACGCAUUUGUUGGGAUCAGGAGCCAGCUGGCCGUCCCAAUUUCUCCGACCUUAUAAUAACUAUCAAGGAACUGCAAGAGGAAUACAUGUGAUUGCAAGUAAAGAGCUUUGGCUUAAUUGAGUUCAGAGAAUUAGUGAUAUUUCUUCUGUCCAUUCAAUUUACAGCUGUCAUAGCAGACCUACAUCAGGAAUACUGGUUGUUGACUAUUUAUUUUUUCUCAUUUUUUAACUCGAUAGUUUUCUGUAAUAGGGAAGGUAUAUUGUUAUAUUAUGUCAGAAAUAUUUAAUCUUGUUUGAUCAAGCUGUCAGUGUCAAGAUGUUAUUACGUGACAUUUACAUUUCCUAUUCUGCAUGGCUGUUGCAGUGUCUUGUUAUUCUGAAGUAAUUUCCCAGCUAUAGUAUUAUUAUUUUGUCUGAAUACUGUAGCUUGUGUUUUGUGAUACCCUCCAAAGAAUUAAGACUUUUUGUAUCGAGUGUCUGGAAAGUAGAUACAUUGUAAAAUAUCAUUGGAACUGGCAAGUACUUGGUUUCUUUUGCAGUUUUGCAAUUAUAUCUUUCUGUAAAUUUUUUGAUUUAAAUUCGAAGUAUUUUUAGAGAAACAAUAUUACCAAUAUAAGGUGCAAUGAUUUUGUAAUUUUAAUAGAAUUUAUUAAUUUGGUGUUAUAUUUCUUCCUUAUUGUAUUUUAGAAAUGUUCUAUUUUAUUGAAGAUCAUUCUGGUGUAGAGAAUGCUGGUCAGAGGGCUUAUUUUUUCUUGUAAAGUAUGGCUUUGUGUGUAUGCGCACAUUAUCUCAACUCUAUUUUCAUAAAAGACAUUACUUGAAUAUUUCUGAUACUGCAGUAUGAUUAUUGUCAUACUGGCAAAGCAAAAUUAUUUUUUACAACAUGAUUUUUUUGGGAAAAGUGCUGAGGAUUUAGACUGUAGAGUCAGAUUAUAGUAAUCAAAUAUAUAUUUAUAAAUAGCUUUAAUUGCCUCUUGCUUUACACAAAGUGGAUGUAUAUAUGAUAUAACAUUCAGAGGCAUAUAUGGAACACAAUUGUAUGUACGUUAACGUAAUAAAAUACAUUCCUACUUAUGUCGUGCAAAUGCAGUUAUUGUGAUUUGAUUUUAUUGUCACUCAUGAUGUACAUGUUCAGUAAGUUAGCAGAAGUCCUUAAAGAAGUUAUAGCUAAUGUUCUAUACAUCCUUUUUGAUGAUAUUUUGGAAUCAAGUGAUUUUAUGAAAUUCUCACUGCAUAUAAAGUUGCAUUUCAUCAAUUUUUAUGCACACUUUGAAUUUUUUUUUUCUUUACUAGUAAAUUUUAAUAUAUUUGAAGGUAGAAGUCCCAUUUUUUCAUACUGAUAUUUACCCUUAAGCUGCAUAAAUGUCUAUGCAGUAGGACCUGGAUGUAUGAAUGUCGUGCAUAACAUUCUUGUUUUGCAGUCACAUCUAAAUAGCCAGUGGACCUGAAAUUGUUUUAAUUGCUACUAGAGGGCAGUCUCAGGGCACCCUACAAGGGCAGACAGAAGGACAGCUAGCAUGCCAGCUUUUCUGUAGUAAACAUGUUUAACCCACAUCCAUCAGACAGCUGCAGUGAGGGGGGAGGAAGUGGCUGCAGGUAUCAGUUUUAUUAUUGCUAUAAGGUAAUAAGAGCAGAGUAUGAGCCAGUAACUCAUCCGUGACAAAACAGACAGCCAGAUAAUCAGGAAUAAUUCAGAUUCUGAUAGACAAGACUGUAUGAGGGUUGACUAGAGUAAAAUGAUGAAUGAACAAAAACUUUUUCACUUUCUUGUAUACCUUUUGUAUGUUAUAUUGAACAACAGGAACAGCAGCAGCAGCAGCAACAAUAACCACAAC